GUUUCCGAGCAUAUUUGGUCAUCUGCGGGAACUGCUUAGAAUGGGUGGCAAUUGAAGCAAAAAGAGACAACGGUCUAAUCGUCCGAAUGAAAGUUCUUUCUCCUUGAAUUAUUCGGCCCCGGCUCACUAUGUCAAAUACGCAAUGUGUUGUUACAAGCCAGUUUUUGGAUAUUCAUAUUUCGGGCGUCACUGAAGCGUGUGUCUUUGUAGCAUUUACGGCGAUUGCAUGGUACAAUACAGUUGAGCUUAUUAUUUUAUGCUUUACAACAUUCAAAAAAUUUCGAGGAUGCUACUUCUGGAGUCUGCUGGUUGCCUCCGCGUGCGUUGGCAUUCAUGCGCUAGGGUUCCUCCUCUUUGUCUUCGUUAUCGGAGUCACGCCUUAUAUUUCCCUCACAAUCGCUGUCUUCAGCUGGUGUGGAAUGGUGACAGGACAAUCUCUUGUACUCUGGUCACGCCUGCAUUUAGUACUCUACCAUCCACGGAUUCUCCGAGGAGUGCUCUGGAUGAUUGUUGCUGAUGCAAUACUCCUGCACACUCCUAUAAUCGUCCUUCUAUAUGGGGCAGUGUCGUCACACCCCCGGCAGUUUAGGGCGGGAUAUAACGUUAUGGAGCGAAUCCAGUUAGUGGGGUUUUGUCUCCAGGAGUUAACCAUCUCUAUUAUAUAUGUAUGGGAAACAGUCAAACUUCUAAAAUUCCAACAAGAGCAGCACCGUCGUCACAUUCUACACCAAUUGCUUAUUAUCAGCAUUGUCAUUCUCCUCCUUGAUAUUACAGUUGUUGUUGUUGAAUAUGCUGGUCUCUACACUCUCCAAGUUCCACUUAAGGCGUCUGUUUACAGUGUCAAACUCAAGCUCGAAUAUUCCAUACUGGGAAAGCUUGUGGAAAUCUCCCGAGGCCCGGCAACUGAUCUUACGUCUUCCGUGAAUGACCUGAGCUCUAAUCCAUUGCCGCAGUUCAAAUUACCACUCUCCUAUCCCAGAACCUUGUCCUUGUGCAAAAUGACCUCGGGACGGCACCCACCACUAACUAGUGUUGCAAUCAGGGCCUAG